GCAGAUAGAAUGCCUUUUGGAAAAACUGCCAGAAUCCAGCAAGCAGACCGGCAGUUUGGGAAGCAUCUGAACCAAAUAAAGAAAAUAUGUGAGAACGAGCUAAGCAGGGAAACUAAGUGUAUCGAGGAGGUGUUCAAACUUGAAAUGCUGCAACAUGAGUUUGAGUUCCAGGAGUCUCUAACUCUGCUAAGAAGGAUACAACACGUGUCACACAGACGAGAUGCUGUACUGAAGCGGAGCUUUGAGAGGAUCCUGGAGCGAUUCAGUUUCAGCUCAGUGUACGACAGUGAAAUGACGCUACCACCGGUACAAGGCAUACCAAGACACAAACUCCCGCCAAGAACUGCCCCCGCAAAACUCAAUCCUAAAUCAAAGCCUUCAUCUUCUUCUCAACCAAAACACCAGAUUCACUCAGCCGGUGCUAAAUCAAACCCACUCCGGAUGAAUUCUAAAAUUACGAAUUCCUGGAAGAAGAUAAAGAUCACACUACCUAGAUGUGAAAAUGAAAUGGAACCAGCCCCGUCAAACGAAAGAAGAAACCCAUUUGGUCUUCUCUCAAAUGAGGCUUCUACCACCUCCUUGCUUGGACUAGCUAGAAGAUCAGGGAGAAGGACGACUCAGUCCCAGGAUCACAUCAGCCGGUUCAUGCUACCCGCGUGUCUUGCGACCAAACCCAUGCCCCGAGCUAAAGACAGGUACCUUGAAGCAAUGCAGAAUAAAGUUCAGCUUUGUGACAUAAGGGAAUGUAGUUACUUGCGCAUAUCUGCAGAUCUACGAGCCAAAUCAAAGUGACUACAUAUGCUUGGGUCAAAUUCAAUCAUUCCACUUAAGGAUAAAUAUAUUUUUGCAACUGCGUGAUAAUUUACUCGCAUAUGAACCACUCACCUUUGAUCACAUUACUGUUUUUAGUUUUUACGUUAAGUUACAUUAUUUGAAUUUAUCAUUACCUUUUUUUUAUUUGUACUAGUUAUAUUUUGAGAAUAAUGAGAUCAAAGCGAUAUCUACAAAUAUCUUGAAAUGUUUCAGUCACAAAAUUUGUAAACAUUCACGAUUGAUAACGGCUAAAUUUUAAAAGCAAGUAACAGGUUUUAAAACGUUUUUAUCGAAAUUUUAAUAAUAUUUAACUGUGAUUUUCUUUUAUCGCACCGCAGUUAAACUAAACAUUUGUUUAGUUUCUAGCUACAAAUUUAGAACUGAAAACUCCCUGCAACAGGAUCUACAUACAGAGACAAGCAUCUUAAUGCUGUAUGAAUGAUAAAUGAUCAACAGUUACUGUUAAAUGUUAGUGUUAAGGAGAUAAUAAAACGAGUUGUAAACCCCUUGACAAAUUAUUGUUUUUUGAUGUUACCAGUACUUAAUACAAACAGCCGAGUCACGAUCAAGGCGCUGAGCUCAAGCUUUUCUCGCACCCAGACUCGAGUGCUGUUUUGUGAUUGGUCAGAGCAGGAACACGAGGUGGUAUUAAGCCUUAUGAUUGGUAAAAUCAGGAUCUUUAAUAAUAAUACUGCAUAUCAAGACAUUAAUAUUAUACAAUCAUUCCCAAACUCUUUGAAAUGCAAAUAUUCAC